AUGGGUUGUUGUGUUAGUAGUCACAAAACCCCAACCUCUUCUUCACUAGCAAAAUUCCAUGAUCCACCAAAACCUCUCAUUAAACCUUCAGAAAGCAGUAGUGCAGAGGAGGCUGUGAAGGAACUGCUCUUGGAAACCCCCAAAUGGAACCCGACAACCUUUGCCAAAUCAAAACCACAAAAGCCACACCAAAACACAAACUUUCACAGAUUUAAGGAUGAAAAAAGCAAGGUUGAGAAGAGGGCAUUGACAUUGUCCAUUUACAAAGCCGAAGACACCACCUCAGCAGAAGUUUGCAGCUUGAGCGAAACCGUGUCCACAGAUACUUCAAUCGCCAACCAGAUAGAAGAAACGCGCAAAAGGGUCGAUACAUCUCAGCCCAAAUUGCAGAAAAAUCGUUCAUUUCCCGGUGAAAGAAGAGAGAGAACGGUGGUGCAUGGCGCAAGGAACAAUAGUGUUGGGUCUGUGAAGUUGGUUCAGUGCAGAGACCAAACAGCUAAGAAAAUUGGUAACGGCGGAACGCGUCGCCGGAGAGAUCCCACCGAGAAUUCUCUCCGGCGGUCAAGGUCGCCGGCCACCGUUUCCGGCGCCGGAGAAGCUAGGCCCGUCACGGGUCGGAGCCCAUCUGUUAAAAAACUUGACCGGUCCACUACAAGGAUCAGAACCGGAACGGCGGAAAACGGUUGCCGGAAAAGGGAAAAUCCGACGACGGCGGGGAAAUGGUAUUCCGCCGGUGAGUCAUUGGAGAAUCCACUUGUGUCAUUGGAAUGCUUCAUCUUUACAUAG